AUGGUUGCCGAUACGACAAACAGUUAUAACCGUUUAUGGGUAGAUCGCCCACAAACGUUAGCGGUUAUAUCGGAUUUCUUCAUCUUCAUGACUGGUGGCAUGAAUCUAGCUGUCAGCGUUGGUUGGUCGAAAAGUGAAUACACACUACAAUUUCGCAUCUGUUGGUAUAUUGGCGUAGCGAUUGGUGCAUUUAUUGCUCCACCACUUGUGCAGUGGAAACGCAAGCGAUUAUUUAUUAUCUUGCCAAAUCUACUUGUUGCUGCUUCUGCCAUUGUCGCUGUAUCCGGCUACCAAUACUUGGGCGUACUGAUCGCAUCUCGAUACCUUGACGGCAUCUGCAUAGGCCUCGCGACAGUUUCUUUCAUAACGCACGUCAGUGAAAUCGCCUCGGAACAUCGACGUAGUUUCUGUUUAGCCUUCGAGCAAAUCGGUUUAGCUAUUGGCGUCUACGUUCAAAUGCUAUACACUGCACUGUGGAUAUCGGGCACAAACUUCAGCCCCAAUCUCCUAAUGGGUUUGUGCAAUCUAUUCUUUGGCUGUGUUGCCGCAUUCAUGACAUACACACAAAUCGACUCACCAAUUUUUCAUAUGCGAAAAGGUGAUGAACCGAGCGCUGUAGCUUGUGUGAAUAUACUCUACCAGCCACCGAUUUUGACGGAAAAUAAGCAAGCGGCAAUAACCGAAAUCAAAAUGUAUGUUUCUGUGAAUAAUACAAUGUCUGUGGGAGAAAGUUUGCUGAAAGGAUUUGUGCCGCUCAUCAAGAUGAUUAUCUAUCGGAGUAUGCUUUCGUUCAUCAUUGCAUGGCCGAUCAAGUUGGCGCUAAAUGAUGGCGGCCUUGUCAGUGCGCCUAACGUUAUCAACUGGCAUCCGGUGCUAUAUGGAUUUCUCGGUUUACUCGGCCCUGUCGUUGGAUCGACAACGCUGGGCGGCAUAGGACGCAAGUGGCUGAGUUUAUGCGCAUUGGCGGUUGCGGGUGGCAUGACGCUCGGUGUGGGUAUUGUGUACCGCAACGAGUCGAAUAUGACGAAUGCGGCACAAAUGUCAAUAGUUUGCGCUUUGCUUAUGAUCGCACAAUUUCUUGGAGGCAUUUUUGCACCCAGCACAACGGUUUAUCUCGGUGAGGCGUUUCCAUUGAAAGUGAAGCCCUACUUUAUUGGACUGUGUAUAAUUGUGCAAAAUAUUGUUGGUUUAGUUAUAAUUUGUACGUUCGACUACAGUUGGCACAAUGAGUAUGUUUUUUGCAUUACUAUUGGUGUAAUUAUGAUAUUUUUUGCAAUUGUUUUCUGCUUUAUGUUGCCCGAAACUAGAAAAACGAAACUACGCGAAGCGCAAGAGCUAUUCGAAUACUUUUUUAACUUUAAGAUAUCGUAA